GCUUUCGAUUACGUCAGCGAACGGAGAAUUUAAAUAGGAACCGUCUGAUUCAUGAAGUCACUCCGAUCCGUUCCGCUCUCUCACUUGUGUGCCGAAUCGUUCUUCCGAGUAGACAUGGCGACAGUUGCCGUCGUUUCAAAUCAGAAUGUGGUUGAGAGGAUGACCAGCCUUCCUCUGGUGAGUUCAACCUAUGGCUUGGUGUCCAGCGUGUACUACAACACCAAGGACACACACCCUUACAUCAGGUCCGUGUGUGAGGCCGCCGAGCACGGCGUUCGAACCAUCACCUCUGUGGCUCGCAUCACCGCUCUGCCCAUCAUCGAAAAGCUGGAGCCACAAAUUUCCAUUGCCAAUGACCUGGCCUGUAAGAGUCUGGACAAGAUUGAGAAAACUUUGCCAAUUCUUCGUCAGCCUUCUGAGCAGAUUGUUGCCAAUGCAAAGGAUGCUGUAACUAGCGCCAAAGAUGCUGUGUCAGUCACCGUCACCGGUGCCAAGGACACCGUGUCUGGUACUCUGAUCAGCGUAGCGGGUAAGACGCGUGGCAUGGUCAGCGGGAGUGUCAGCACAGUGAUGGAAAGCCGCGUGGGCCGGCUGGUCAGCAGCGGCAUGGAUACGGCCCUCAGCACCUCGGAGAGCUUGGUGGACCAGUACCUGCCCCAGACCGGGGAAGAGUUAGAACUGGAGGCUAAAGCGGUGAAAGAAUUUGACAAGGAGCAAAGCUACUACGUCCGGCUGGGUUCCCUCUCCACCAAGCUCCGCAGGAGGGCGUACGACCGGGCGCUGGACAAAAUACGAAACGCCAAGCAGCACAGCCAGGACUCCAUCACUCAGCUCAGCCACACCGUCGACCUGAUUGAAUACGCCAAACACAACAUAGAUGGGGCGAACCAGGUUGUGUACGACAAACUCAACUCCCUGGUGGGAUGGAAGUUCAAUGGUUCAGACAAGGAGAGAAAUUACCAUCAAGCAGAGGUCAUCGAGUCUCGUACCCUGGCCAUGGCACAUUCCCUCACCCAGCAGCUGCAGACCACCUGUCUGGGCCUCUUGUCUGGCCUGCAGGGCCUUCCCAACAACAUCCAGCAGGAGGCGCUCUUGCUCAGCAGCUCGGCCUCCCAGGUGUACACAAGCUUCAGCAAGGCCACUAGCUUUGGAGAACUGCCCGACAGCAUGCUCGCCAACAGCAAGAUGCAGUUGGGCAAGAUGAAGGACUCCCUGGACAACGUCAUGGAUUACCUGGUCAAUAACACUCCGCUCAACUGGCUGGUUGGUCCCUUCUACCCUCGCAUGGCCCUGAAGUCCCCUGGCAGAACAGUUCCUGCCGCCACGUCCGCCUGCGUCUCCCCCAAGCUAUACCAGGAAGCUCCCACAGAUGUAGAGAUGGACUCACUGGAGUCCCACAAGCAAUGGUAGUUUGAUAGUUUUUCCUGAACAUGAUGCUUUAAAACUAGAGUGAGAUUUUGUAGGCAAAUCAUUAAACUCCAUAAUACCUUUUAAAUGUAUUGACCAUGUUUAGGUGUAAUCCUCCAAAAAGCAAGACUACUUACAGUGUCAUGUCUAACCAAAUAAAACGUUUUUUACCAUUA